AUGGUGAUGGCGGAUGAUGGUAGAAUAGCAAAAGUUGUUAGAUUUGCGGAAGAGACGCUAUCACCACCACCGCUUUCCUCUGCUCAAUUCCAUGCUAUUGGAACGAAACCAGCAUUAGAAUCACCGAUUUUAUUAAAAGCUGUCAAAGUUAAAUCCAAAUCUCCAAAACCACAAUUAGGACAACUAUCUUGUACUGUCACGGUGACCGAUCCCAAUGGUCCAUGA